AUGGGAAUAUUCCCCCUUCAUUUGGAAAUAGGAAAUGGUUUGAAUGGGAAUAUUCCCCCUUCAUUUGGAAAUAUGAGCUUUUUGGAAAGUUUGAACUUAUCUGACAAUAGAUUGUCAGGAAGUAUACUUGAGAAAUUGACCGUAGGUUGUAUCUCAUUAUAUCAUCUCAAACUUUUAAAGAACACUUUGCAAGGAUCUUUGAGUGAUGUAUUUAAUGGUGACUCUUCAUUAUUUAUGUUAGAUCUUAGCCACAAUAACUUAAUAGGAAAAAUUCCAAUGAGGAUUGCCAACAAUUCUAGGUUGAGAGAGAUUCCAUUUGAAAUUGGAGAUCUUGAUACAAUUCAAAUGUUAAAUCUAUCACACAAUAGUUUGACUGGAUCAAUUCCACAAACAUUUUCAAAUUUGAGGCAAAUCGAGAGCUUAGAUCUUUCUUACAACAAUUUGGAGGGGGAAAUUCCUUCUCAAAUUACUCGAUUAUAUUCUUUAGAAGUUUUCAGUGUAGCACACAAUAACUUAUCUGGUAAGACACCUAUAAGAGUUGCACAAUUUGGAACAUUUGAUGAAGGCAGCUAUGAGGGAAAUCCUUUCCUCUGUGGAUUGCCACCGCCAAAAGCUUGCAAUGCAGUAAUACCUUCAUCACGAAUACCCAUAAAUUCAAUUGUUGACAAUAGUGGCUUCAUCGACAUGGAUAUUUUCUAUGUGAGCUUUGUGGUAUCUUACAUCAUAGUUUUGUUGGGAAUAAUUGCAGUUUUAUAUAUAAAUCCAUAUUGGCGACAAGCUCCAAUAAUUGGCCGACAAGCUUGGGUUUUACUAAUGUAA